AUGGCCUCGGACUACACGCCUCCAGCGCUUUCCUCGGCCGUUGCUAGGGACGAAGGGAAUGAGGCGCUCGUGGAGACGUCGAACAGACCAUCCGCAUCCACCCUCGCUUCGAGCUCCACGGCGGCGCUCUCGUCUACAGGAAGCUCUUCAUCUCUGAGUCAAAACAGCACAACUUCUUUGAGCUUGCCGCAGAGCUUGUUGGGUAGACCAUCGAUAUUCCACCACAAGACACCUCCCGGGAAAAGCUUGCCGGCUCCCUGCAAAGAAGGGCACAUCAGGCUCCGAUAUCGCGAAGCGGUUAUCGAAGUCUCCAGUCCGGGAACUCGGUACAAGAUCAGCUUUGACGACGGCCCGACCUUGGCGAUCCAGACCACGAAACGUCUUCCCGGAGAAGCUCGCUCUUUCCGCAUAGGAAAGGUGCAAGUUCCGCGACGGACUAGACGCGCUGCCGAAGGUACUCUUACGAAAACACUCUCCCAGCCUUCCGAUGUGAAAGAUCAUGUCCCUCUCAAGCUCCCCCGUCGUGCCUUCGAUCGCGCUUCUUUUGGGGAAUAUCUUUCAUCAGUUCUGCGGCUGCUGAUAUUUGCAUUUUCCCCAGAGUUGGAGAGGCGCUACAAUGCGUGCAAGUUUCAUACGCCGGCAAAGCAAUUGAAGCGCUACCUCAAGAACACGACUGAGGACGUGUUCUGGGGCAAACCAGGCGGUCGCAGCAGCUGCGCAUGUCCUUGUUCAGAUUCCCGAUCCGAUAAGUUGAACAUGUUCGAACACUUGGCGUUCUUAACACAGACACGAGAUUCCCAGACGAUAUCGCGAAGGAUUCAAGUUGUUGAGCUCCAAUCUCAUAUUCGUAACGCUCCAGAAAUCCAAAAACGCCGGACAAUUGUGAUCCUGUAA